AAAAAAAAGGUUCGAUUCGUUUUACAAAGUUUGUAGUCAUUUGUUUAUAGUUCGGUUUUCAUCAUGAAUUGGUUUUGCAGGUUAAAUAUGAGUAGUGAAAUUGAUUGCGGCAAUGACUGUCCCGAAACAUCUAAUUCUACGCAAAUUCGAGGAAUGGAUAUUGGAAAAGGGAUGCAAGAGCGCAUAAAAACCGGAAAAGUAAACGAGGACCGGAUAACGAAUUACGAGAAGGAAUGGUCGAAAAAGCUGGAGUGCAUCGACCAGGCCCACACGAAGCAGAACGGGUUAACUUUCAGCGAGGCCGAGGGAAUUUUGCGAAAACUCCGUAAAUUCGCGGAUGGCGGCACUCCAGCUGCGUGUCCGGAUUACAAAAAAAGGGUUCUAUCGUGCUUGAAAAAGAACAAAAAUAACAGUCUAAGAUGCGGCGAGGAGGUCGAGGCUUUUGCGAAUUGCGUGGACGAGAUGCUGCUGAAGACAGGUCGCAAAGAUUACACGGGUUACCUGCGUUCGAGGAAGCCCACGUACACGGAAAAGUUCGAGCAAUUUUUGGCGUAAUUAAAUUUUCCUAGUUAAGUGAGUCAACUCGGCUGUCUCGUUCCUUCUCUCUAUCGUUCUCUCUUAAAUACCUAUCUUGCUCGCGCCUACCACAGUUCGAUAUGUCUUUAGUUUUGCACUUGCCGCUGACUUGCCACUUUUUACUAAAAGUUAAUCCAAAAGCCACACGUUUCCUCUCCUAUGUAUACGUUCGCGCCUUUGCAAAAUUUUUGUUCUAUUUUAAAUUCUGCCAUCCUAAAACUCUUGGAAAAUAUUGUCAUAAACUCUCUUAAAUUAAUGUAGUGAAAAUCCACUACAUUGUAGUGACUAUUCACUAUUCCCUUAAAGUGAUAACUACGCAACUACAAAAUAGUGAAUAUUCACUACACGAAAUAAAGAAACUAAAUUCACUGUACGAAGUAGUGAGUAUUCACUGUUCCAAGUAGUGAAUAUUCAAGGUUUUAAACAGUGAAUAUUAGCUGUUUUUCAAUAGUGUAGCUUCAAUCAAUUGAUGAAUUUUCACUACAAGAAACAGUGAAUACUCACUACUUGUAGCAGUUAAAAAUUAUCGUAUUUCAAAAUUCGAUUUUGAAGGUUACUCAUGCUGAAAUAAUUACAAAAGAAUUUUAAAUGAACGUUAAGCUAGUUUAUUAUAAAGAUUCAUCGUCAGAAGCAUCAGUUAGUGAUUCGCAGUCAAUCAACUGUUCAUCUUUGAUUGACGAUAAAUUUACAUGGAGUGUAGUUACUGAACUGACUGCAGGCGUGUCAGAUGUAAUUUUAUACACAAAACGCUGAAUGAAAUAAAAAAAAUUUUGUCAAA